CUCUCUCUCUCUCUCUCUCUCUCUCUGUUCUCUAACCAUUGAUGAAAUGAGAGUUCUUGAGGAAAUUGCAGAGUCACCAUUUCUGAUUUCAAGGCUAAACCUUAAUUCGACGGCCAGUGGAUAUGGAUGGGUCGAUAAGUGCCAUGGUUUCCUACAUAACACGGUUCUCGUUGCGGCUUCUCUCUUCUUUGUCGCUUACUUAGCUUACGAGGCGAAGAAGAGCCUGUCUAAGCUUUCGAAUCGGAGAUCUUAUAUCAUGAUCGCUUAUUAUGGGUGUCUUUGGCUUGUUACCUUGCUCAAUCUUGUUUGGUGCUGUCUCCAGGGUUGGGAAUGUACUCCUGGGAAAGAAGUUGUUUGGAAUCUGUUAACUUUGGUCACAACAUCUGGAAUGUUGUUUCUGGAAGUAAGCCUAGUGGCUUUUCUCUUCCAAGGAAACUAUGCGAGUGGUUCAGAAGCAUUGACGAGAACUUUCCUUAUCUCGGGGUUUGUUAUUGCUCUUGAUUUGCUUUUCAAGGCAAUUUUCCUCUUUGGAUUUGGUGUGCCAUUGUUCAUUGACAACAAUGAAAAUGGAAAUACGUUCAAAUGGGGAUUAUGGAUCAUUCAUAAGCUUCUACUCACUGGCGUUUAUGGGAUGAUCUUCUUGAUGUACAACUCUAGGUGGAGAGAAAAAUUGCCCGCAAGGCCUGCAUUUUUCAAGUACAUAGCCAUCAUGUUUGCCUUAUACGGACUUUACCUAGUUGCAUCUGUGUUUACUGCAAACGGCCCACAUUUUGGAUUCUGGUUGUAUGGGAUCAUGAGUGUUUCCUACCACGCUUUAUACCUUCCUCUUCUUUACUUUACUUUUCUCGCAGACUUUUUCCAGGAAGAAGAUCUGAACUUGGAGAAUGUAUACUACUCAGAGAUGAAGGACGCUGGAUUCUUCGAUUCUGAUUGGGAAUAGAACAUCUUCUGAAUCUGUAUAUACACGUUGGGUAGGAUCUCAUAGGAGUCAUGGCCGCUUGUUCGGGCUUUGGGUUACAUUUUAGGGUUUAGUCUUGUGUGUGUCUGUCUGUACUUGUCCCUCAUGUUUCCUACUCUUUUAUAAAUCUAAGUUUCUUGUGAACCUCUCUGUUCCUUCAACUGAUAAUCUAAAAGAAAGUAUUGUAGUA